CGUUACGGACGUAUUCAAACUUCCGGUGUGCAAUAAUACCGCUGCGCGUAUUUCAGGCGGUGGAGAGUGGACGCUGAUGGGGGACGAAAAGGAGACCUGGAAAGUUAAAACUCUUGACGAAAUCCUACUUGAGAAGAAACGCAGAAGAGAAUUAGAGGAGAAAAGUGAUCAGAAGCAUCAGAAAAAUGUAAAGUCAUAUCGACAUUACACAUGCGCAAUGAUGUUCACACAGGGACUUGUUCCACAGGCGGAUGAUCGGGAAGCCAAACGAGAUACUCCGGAGGAAGGAGAACUUCAGGAUCAAAGAAUGGAAAUAACAAUCCGUAAUUCCCCGUACACACGGGAAGACUCAACAGAAGACAGAGGAGAAGAAGAUGAAUCAUUAGCAAUCAAGCCUCCACAGCAGAUAGCGAGGAAGGAUAAGUCUCACCACAGAAAGGAGGAGAAGAGAAAAGAUAAGAGACGUCAUCGCAGUCACUCUGCUGAAGGAGCAGGGAAACAUGCACGGCCCAAAGAUAAAGAAAAAGAGCGAGAGAGCGAUCGCAGGAAGCGUCAGUGGGAAGAAGACAAAGCCAGGCGAGACUGGGAAAGGCAAAAACGAAGGGAGCAGGCCAGAGCUCAUUCACGUAGAGAAAGACCUCAAGUGGACUCUACUGGGGUUUUUUUGGACCACAGGGACCGGCUGGAGCAGCUGGAGCGACAGCGCGAACGUGACCGAAAGCUGCGUGAACAGCAAAAAGAGCAACGAGAGCUUAAGGAGCGAGAGAGGAGGGCGGAAGAGCGACGCAACGAAAGAGGUUCCAGACGGGAAGUGCCAUCUCAUCAUCGGAUGCUACCUGAGGAGUAUGAUGACAAACCAAAACAAAGUCACCGCAGCCGUAGUCCCACUCGUGCCCCACGGGACAGGUCUGAUCACGGCGAACCCCGGAAAAGUACAGCAUUAAAGGAGGAGAAACCAGAGCUCAAAGACCUGCUUGCUGACCUUCAGGACAUCAGUGACAGCGAAAGGAAGUCAAGCACUGCAGAAUCUUCCAUAGCAUCGGGAUCAGGCUCGGAGGAAGAGGAGGAAGAGGAGGAGGACGAAGAGGAGUCCAGCAGCCAGAGUGAAGGCGAAGAAGGGGAAGAAGAGGGGGAGUCUGUUUCAGGCUCAGGAAGGUCGGAGCAAAGUGCAGAGGAUGUGAGUGAAGAUGAGCAGUCAGAAGAAGAGUUUGAAGAGGAGAGGGAAAAUGGAAAUCACAUACCUGCAGUGCCAGAGUCCCGUUUUGACCACGACUCAGAGGAGAGUGGUGAAGACAUGGAAGAUGAAGAAGAAGAAGAGGAGGAUGAUGAAGCAGGAGAUGGUGACCCCACCCCUCAGUCUCAAACUCAUUCUCGCUCCCCCACUCCUGAGGAGAACUAUAUCCCCGACUCUCCCCCGAUUUCUCCCGUGGAGCUGAAGAAGGAGCUACCCAAGUAUCUCCCAGCUUUACAGGGUUGCCGCAGUGUUGAGGAAUUUCAGUGUCUGAACCGAAUAGAGGAGGGAACCUACGGUGUUGUGUACAGGGCCAAGGACAAAAAAACUGAUGAGAUUGUCGCCCUGAAAAGGCUGAAGAUGGAGAAGGAGAAGGAGGGCUUUCCCAUCACAUCCUUACGAGAAAUCAAUACGAUCCUGAAAGCUCAGCAUCCAAACAUCGUCACAGUGAGGGAAAUUGUUGUUGGGAGCAACAUGGACAAGAUCUACAUUGUGAUGAACUAUGUGGAACAUGACCUGAAGAGUCUAAUGGAAACCAUGAAGCAGCCAUUCCUGCCAGGAGAAGUAAAGACUUUGAUGAUUCAGCUGCUUAGAGGAGUCCGACAUCUCCAUGACAACUGGAUCCUUCACCGUGAUCUGAAGACGUCCAAUCUGCUGCUGAGCCACAAGGGUAUCCUUAAGAUUGGGGACUUUGGAUUGGCCCGUGAGUACGGUUCUCCUCUGAAACCGUACACCCCUGUAGUGGUGACCCUGUGGUACCGAUCUCCAGAGCUGCUGCUUGGAGCCAAGGAGUACUCCACAGCUGUGGACAUGUGGUCAGUGGGCUGCAUAUUUGGCGAGCUCCUCACCCAGAAACCUCUUUUCCCUGGAAAAUCUGAAAUUGACCAAAUUAACAAGAUUUUCAAGGAUCUGGGGUCACCCAGUGAGAAGAUCUGGCCCGGCUACAGCGAGCUACCCGCCGUGAAGAAGAUGACUUUCACAGAGUAUCCCUACAACAACCUGCGAAAGCGCUUUGGAGCGCUCCUGUCUGACCAAGGCUUUGACCUCAUGAACAAAUUCCUCACCUACUGCCCCAGUAAGAGGAUCUUAUCAGACGAGGCUCUCAAGCACGAGUACUUCAGAGAGACGCCGCUCCCCAUUGACCCCUCCAUGUUUCCCACCUGGCCGGCCAAGAGCGAGCAGCAGAGGGUGAAGAGAGGCACCAGUCCCCGCCCGCCCGAAGGAGGUCUAGGCUACAGUCAACUGGGUGAUGACGACCUUAAAGACACCGGCUUCCACUUGACAACCAGCAACCAGGGAGCGUCUGCGGUCGGCCCAGGAUUCAGCCUCAAGUUCUGAGCCUCAAUCUGCAGGACACCUGGCUGUCCACGAGAUUACGAUGGAACAAAGAGUUCUGGGACUCGUCUGUUUGUUUGGGACUGGACGGCAUCACCAGUUUACAACUACAGGCCAGAUCAGCAUCUGAUCAGUUACAGCUGUUACCAUGUAGUCAGGACUGUUCAACAGCAAGACGGAUGGCCCAAACAUGUUGGAUUCAGCCUUUUCUCUGUACUCUUUAGCUAUUUCAGCACUUGACAUGUGACCAUUUUAGCUGUUCGGGAGGAGACCCCACCAUAAAUCUAUUAGAGGUUUAGUUCCCCUGUUUGACUUGUUUUAUUUUUCCUUUUAUACUUCAUGAGAGAGGAGCAGAUUUUAUAAAUGGUUGGUAUUUCCUGGCUGCCUGAGCUACUGUGUAAUGAUGCAGCGUUGGCUGUGUGUUCUAUCCAUCAUAAUGUCUGAAAUCUACACGGGAACGUGAGCUCACUCGAUGACAGGGAGGUGAUGUUUUUGCUAGAAAUAAAGUUUGAAUCUUU